CAAACGCAGACAGGGCCCCGACUUCAGUCGCUGCUCCUGCAUUGCGAGGCAAGGUUCAACGUACGGGCUCCAACCUCCUCCGGCGACGGACGUCGAUCCUCCGCCGUUGACGGCCUCCCCGCACUUCCCCUUGCGAACCCCCCGCCAACGGACCGGAUCCUCAACCCGACCGCAUUGCCGACCCAGUAGCAGGUCCUCCAGACCACGAUGUUUCCUUGUUGGCCAUUUCGCAGAGCAUCAUGGCCCCUCUUGGCCUUGCCACUCCUCGCGGCGGUGCCGGCUACAUAUGCUCAGGACGCCCAGGUGCGUUCCGCUGCCUCGAUGAUGUGUAAGACCUAGGCGAGUCUGAUAUCACCUCCAGCAACCACUCAAGGAACCCUCCGACAUGGGUGUCAUUCGCAACAUUCUGCCUGCGGGCCUCGCCCUGGCUACCACGGGCGCCGCGCAGCUGACGAGCCCCGGCGGUGUUGGCCGUCUGCCUGCCCUGGGAUGGAACUCAUGGAACGAGUACGGGUGCGACAUUGAUGAGAGCGUCUUCCUCAAGGUCGGCCACCACCUCGUGGACUACGGACUCAAGGAUCUCGGAUACGAGUACGUCAACAUUGACGAUUGCUGGAGCGACAAGGUGCUUCGGAGAGACAACACAACCAAGGAGAUCAUUCCCGAUUACGUCAAGUUCCCCAACGGCAUCAAGCACGUCGCGGAUGAGAUCCAUAAGCUCGGCCUCAAGGUUGGCAUCUACUCCAACGCCGGUCUGUCCACCUGCGGUGGCUUCGCGGCGUCCCUGGGCUACGAAGAUGUUGACGCUGCCACCUUUGCCAAGUGGGGCAUCGACUGUGAGUCUCGCCUCAAGCACCCUCAUCGCGCCUUUGAAGCUGACAUGCCAGACCUCAAAUACGACAACUGUGCCGUGCCCGAGGAGUGGUGGGACGACUGGAAGUACGUUCCCGAGAACUGGUUCGGCGGCCCUCCCAACGAGAAGCAGGACGACGGCUCCCCCGUCAACUCCAAGACGGACAAGCCCGCGCCCCCCGGCUACGACUGGUCCACGUCCAACUCGGCCGAGCGCUUCCGCCGCAUGCGCGACGAGCUGCUGAAGCAGGACCGCACGAUCCAGUACUCCCUCUGCGCAUGGGGCCACGCCCACGUCGAGCAGUGGGGCAACGACACGGGACACAGCUGGCGCAUGUGGGGAGACAUCUACCCCGUGUGGCACGGGAAGCACGAGUGGAGCUGGGGUAUCGCGCCGAUCCUCAACCAUGCCUCCUUUUUCUGGAACACGAGUGACUUCUGGGGCCACAACGACUGGGACAUGCUCGAGGUCGGCAACGGUGAGCUGACUCUUGCCGAGAGCCGCAGCCACUUUGCUCUGUGGGCGGCGCUCAAGAGCCCUCUGAUCAUCGGCACGCGUCUCGAGGGGAUCAAGCCCGAGAUCCUCGCCAUCCUAGCGAAUAAGGAGCUCGUCGACUUUAACCAGGACCCCAUUGUGGGUGCCUCUGCCAAGCCGUACGACUGGGGUCUUGGCCGCGAGUUCGGAUCAUGGAACCAGACGAACCCGGCAGAGUACUGGGCUGGCGAGUCGUCAAAGGGAACGCACGUGUUCAUUCUCAACACGCUGGAUGUGGAAGACGAGAAGGUUGUUGUUUUCGCCGACGUGCCGGGCCUCGAGGCUGGCAAGCGGUACGUUGUCCACAACAUGUGGACCGGAAGUGACCUCGGGGCCUUUGAGGGCUCGUUCAAGAUUGAUCUCGAUGCCCAUGAUACGGCCGCUCUCAGGAUCAACGAGAUUGUGUGUCCUAAGAAGAGGGCCCUGGCUGAUCAGGAGACCGAGUAA